AAUAUAUUCUCUUUCAUAUUCUAUUUUGUAAAAUAAAAUUUUCUUAUUUUUUGUUUGUGUAUAAUAAAACAAAAAUUUAUUGGAUAUUAAAUUAAAAAAUAAAAAUUAAUUGCAAAAUCUAUAUUUACGUGUAAUUGAAAUUAAAUUAAUGGAAAAUACAAAACAUCAACGAAAGAUCGGUUUCAUUGCACGAGUGAACUUAUUCGGUGGAAUUUUUAUUUUAAACUACUGUGAAAUGUAAAAAUUCGUAUUUCUUCAAGAUGACGAUGAUAAUAAGGAUAAAAAAAAUAAGAUCUUAAUAAAGAUAAAAAUAGAAACGAGAAUGAUUAGAAAAGAAAUUGGUAAACAAUUACAAGCAAUUCGAUCAGAAAUUUAAUUUUCUAAAAUUGGUUAUAAAAAAAAAAAGUAACAAUGAGUAAAGAGGAAAGUAGUGAUGGUGGUCCUCAAGAAGCUGGUGGAGAAAAUAAAUCUCCGGGAAAGAAUGAAAAUGCGGAUAUUUUUGAAAAUCGAGCUAGCAAGAAAAUAAUACGUUUAUUCACCGUAAUGGCUUACAUGUUCUCUGUAAGUUUCGUAGCCAUUGCCUUAAGUGCAUAUUAUUUAAUUCUUUGGAAACCUCCAGAUCCAAGGCUUCUACGGAAACCGAUUCAAUUUUUAUCUGAACCCGAAAUGCAAUUCUUAUUAAGCGAUCAAAUAAUUUUAGAAAACGAAUCUGCGAAAGAAUCUAACAACAAACAUUCGCUUUCCGGUCGUACCGGCAAAAAAAAUCUUUUCCAUAAUUACGAUCACAUGAAAACGCCCAAUGAAAAAUUGAAUGAAUCUUUGAUCCUAUUGAGAAACUCUUUGAUUGAAUCUUUACAAAAUAGAAUCAAUGAUUCGAAUUCUUUUGCUCGAGAUUCUCCUCGAGAAAAAUGGACGACUUCUAAUUUCUUUAAUUACAGUUCGUUUGAAAAAGAAAAUACGUCAAACUUGACGAGAAAAUCAAGCGAAAAAGAUGCAAGACAUUCCUCUAAAAUUAUGAAUCGUAUAUUUAGUAAUAAUGGUACAUCCCAGACAUUGGAAUUUCCGACUAUUCCUGGAGAUGAAGCGAAACGCGAUCAUUUUACAACUGUUAGAAAUUACUCCUUGUAUCUUGAAUCAUCUCAAGAUACUUUUCCAUUGAACGAUUUAACGAAAAAAACUGCUGAAAAUCAAAAACAAUACAAGAAAAAUGUUCCAUCUAAUUUUAAAACAAGAAUGGAAACAUUUGAUAAAAAAAAAGAAAAAGACAAAAUGACUCGAUAUUUAAGAGAUAAUUCAUUCGAUGAAGGAUUUGUAACGAUAAUGGAUAAAAAAAAUCGUGAUAUUCAAGAAAAUAAAGAAAAUCUUGAAUAUAAUGUGAAACCUGCGAUCAAUUUGAAUAGAGUAAUUAGUACAGAUACUUCCAAUAAUUUCGAAUUUGCAAAUCGUCUACAACACGAGCGAUCACUAAUGAAAUUAGCAGAUUUCGCGUUAAAAUUCAAAGAAACGCAGGUAGAAAAAAUGACAAAAUCGAUGACAAUAGCGAAUGAACAAAUUUCUUCAUCGGAAAUUAUGAGUACUCCUCAACAACAAAAAGAUCUGUUAACUAUUUUAACAGAAAUUGCUGAAACGUCAUCGACUACUACUCCGUUAACAAUAUCUGAAGAUUUACAAACUAAUUUAAGUACAGAAACCAAAGAAAUAUCUACAAAAGUACAUUCUAAUAUUAAUUAAUUUGCUAGAAUAAUAUUAAAAACUAUUAACAAAAAAAAAUAAAUUUUAUUAUCAGAAUCUUUGAUUUUAUUAUGAUAUAUAUUUAAUAAUUUUGACUAA